AUGGGUAACGCUGUCGCCUCGGACAGCGCUCUUACAGUUCCUUGGUCGAUGCAGAGUGCAUUGUUGAGCCCCAGCGAAAAGCUUUCUUAUAUCGAGUUCGAGCUGCCGACGAUGAACAUGAACAUUUCCAAUUUUGAUGACGGCAGCGGGCAACCAGUCGAGCUCACAGCUCAGACUACAACGCAGCCCGGGAACACUCUGUCCUCCCAAGACUCGAGGGUAUUGAUCGUCUCGUUCGCCACGGUGAAAGCAAACACAGGCACCCCAGGAAACAAGAAGCAAGCCGGUGAUGCUACUGCCUUUGAGUGUGCCCUACCGCUCGACCGUCACAAAUGGUAG